AUGGUUCGUUUCGUGGUUAGGAUAUUCUUGUUAAUGGUAUUUCUUGUACAGUUGAGUCUUGAAGCCUAUCGGGAUGCUUGCAGGGCUUCACAUUAUCUAGGAUAUAGCAACGAAGAAACUGAAGGUAAAUCAUGGUAUAGUUAUGUGCAUCCCGACGAUCUGCCCGACAUCGCCUACAAGCAUCGUGUCUGUAUGUAUCAAGUUCUUUCACUAUUUCAUGCUCGUGCAUUUAUCUUGGAAAGUCAUACAGUGUACAAAAGUGGUUGCUGCGGAAAUUCUGUUUCCCAUUUCGAAACCGAAGCACUGUCACUGCAAGGGAACGCGUGGAUCUAUGGGAUCCGAGAUGAAUUCGUUGCACCGAGAAUCGAUGCAUGCAGCAAGGGCUGUAAGAGUGGGCGACUAGAGCUUGCUACUGCGCAUCUGCCACCAGUACUUGUUUCUUUGUUAGCAGCCAUCAAGAAAGAGCCAGAUAUAACGGAAGCCGGCGACCUACGAUGUCCGGAUCGGCAUUUCAAAGAUUUCAAUAACAACAGCAGGGGCCCUAUGGAAUCAACAAAAAAAUAUGCGGAACUGAAUUUCGGCAACGAUGAUGAAGAUAGUGAGCUGGAAGCACUGCCGGAACUCUGCUUGGAACAGAACAUUAAAGGACCGUUACCGGAUCUGAGGGACGAUCUUGAUGAUUUUUUUGAUGAAGUAGAUCAUCCCAAAACGUCAUUGCUGAAAUCACCAUCGACAAAGUUGCACGAAAAUAUGAAAUGUGCGGAAAACACAGAUUGUAGCAACGACCUGUCUGUACCUCCGUUGCCACUCGAUUCGGUGCUAAGACCACGCGAAAAAAUUCCAACAAUAGCCAAAUUGCUGCAUGGCCAUUUUGAUGUUCGGGAAAACUACAGAUCUAUCCAAAAACGAUCACGAUUUGAACAGCUGGGCAGCAGUUCAGAUACAGAACCUAGCACGUAA